AUGGAACGCACGAUGACAUCUAGUGACGUCGAAACGCAUGGCAAGCCUACACCAUUCAUCACCGUUACUUUCGGGAAAUGGCCAACGCCUGACAUACCAGUUCUUGAUACAGUGCACCAAGAAAGCACGAUUAGCAGCUACGAGGUUGAAAUUAUCCUACUAGCAAAUAUGCCACGUCCAACCAACAGGAUAGAAGUACUUGGGCGUUUGAGAGAGACGAUUGCAGCUGGCAAGGCAAUUCUUGGAGCGGGAGCUGGGAUCGGGCUGUCUGCAAAGUUCGUUGAAAAGGGGGGAGCAGAUCUAAUCAUCAUCUAUAACUCUGGCCGUUUCCGCAUGGCAGGAAGAGGCUCUCUUGCAGGGAUGAUGCCCUUUGGCGAUGCAAAUGCUAUCGUUCUAGACAUGGCUACCGAGAUUUUGACCGUGAUCGAGUCCACCGCCGUCAUGGCUGGCGUUUGCGCUACCGAUCCAUACCGCUCUAUGCCCCAGUUCUUGCAACAGCUAAAGGAUCUAGGCUUCUGUGGAGUUCAGAACUUUCCGACUGUUGGCCUCAUAGACGGCACCUUCCGCAAGAAUCUGGAAGCCACAGGGAUGUCUUACCAGAAAGAAGUCGAGAUGGUUCGAAUUGCCCGCCGAUUGGAUCUCCUGACAGCGCCAUAUGUCUUCAAUGUUGACGAGGCGGAGCGCAUGACCAAGGCUGGUGCUGAUGUGAUAGUGGUGCAUCUCGGCCUUACUACCGGCGGUAGUAUAGGCGCUGGUGAGGGCGAGAUCACAUUGGAUGACUGCGUAAGUAUAGUGCAGACCAUUAGAGAUGCGUGCGUGAAGAUCGAGCCCGAUAUCAUUGUGCUUUGCCACGGUGGACCUGUGUCAGGUGUAGAGGACACUCGUUACGUCAUUGAUCGAGUCGAUGGCAUCCACGGUUUCUUCGGUGCAAGUAGUAUGGAAAGAUUGCCCGCAAAAACCGCCAUCGAGCAGAAUGCGAGAAAGUUCAAGAAUAUUGAAAUUGGUUCUCGUUAG